CAACCACCGUGCAUCUGUUACUCUGUUUGACAGGAUCAGUAGAUCCUGCAGGAUCAGCGAGAGUGAAAAUGUUCGGAAGAAUAUCGUGGUAUCGUUUGGUUUCAAAAUGUUCGUGAGAAGAUAGUAUCGGUGAGAAUGAACAAGAACAUGAAUUCACCGUCGAAACUCACGGAGUUCGCUCCGUUGAGUCCCGAAGAGAGCCAACCCGUAGUAGCUUCACUCUUCUCCAAGUUCUUCAGCUUCACCAGGAAUAAUGCUAACGAUUCCACGGUGUCUUCUAACAACGACGAGCGCAGCUCUUCCGAUUCAGAAUCCUGGAAGCAGUCUGAGAGCACCGAACAAACCCCAGAUGACGAUAGUACUAGUAUAAUGAAUUUUCCAUUGGAUACUAACGAAGGCCGUAGCCUACCAAACGUUCUGAAACGCAUCAGUAAUAUUGUAGCAUUAAAAAGUAAUAAUUUACGUUCAUAUAAGGAUUCUCAAUUAAGAAGCUACUGGAUGCCAGAUAGUGUAAGUAAACAGUGCUAUGAGUGUGGCGAAAGAUUUACGACGUUUCGACGAAGACAUCACUGUCGCGUGUGCGGACAAAUCUUCUGUUCCAAGUGUUGCUCCGAUCAAAUACCAGGGAAAAUUAUGGGAUGCACUGGAGAUCUUAGAGUUUGUACAUAUUGCUGUAAAGUAGUUCUUUCGUAUUUGCAAUCAUCGGAUAUGAGGAGUGAUUUGUCGGCAGAUUUGAAAGCUCUGCAGGAAGAUCUUCAAGUAAAGUAUGGAAAUGAUUCACCGCUAUUAGCACGAAAACAUGCUAAUGAAACAAUGGGCGAUGAAACAUCGAUAUGUCGAAAACCAAGUGUGGGAUAUAUGGAAGAGAAUUAUGCAACUGGACGGUCGAGCGGUAGCUAUUUAACUUCACAGGAACGUUCUCUUGUAUUACAAAAUUCGGCUUCUUUAAGAAUGAUCUGGGAAGAAUUAUUUCGCUCCAGUCAAGCCAUUCAGUUGCAAACGCAUAGAAUUCGACUGAAAAGUUAUCACAAUUGUUUUCUGGCGAACGAAUUGGUGAAUUGGAUGAUAGUUCAGAAUAAAGCAGCAACCCGUGUGCAGGCGACUGCGAUAGGCCAAGCAUUACUAGAAGCGGGUUUUAUCGAAUCAGUUGUCGCUGAUUACGUAUUCAGCGAUUCGGCAAUCGUAUUUAGACCGGUACCGUUAUCUUCCUUGCAAAAUAUAGACUUGUUAACGGAAAAGCGAACGACUUGCGAUGCGCAAGAGCCAGCCUGGGUAAAAACUAUUCCUCAACACGAUUCAGCUACGGAUUCUGAGAGCGAGACUAGGCCGAUGAGCUCGCACUCGCAAACUUUUGGUCGUUUACCGUCGUCCAGUUCGAGCUUUUAUCUGGAUUUAAAUCUAGAAGCAUCCACCGUCACGUUAAAGAGACCAACCUCGGAAGAUUUAACCGCGAUUUCCGUCGACAGUAGCGAUGGAAUAAUCGAACAGAAGGAAAUUAACCUUAAAUCGCACGACUGCAAUCUCAAAAUAUGUGACGAUCUUUUAAGUGAUACGCUUCAAGUACAUGAAUUUAAGGAGAAAAACGGUUGGCACAGAGCGACUAAUCUGAGGACAGCAUUUGGCGAAUUAAGCGCAUACGAAUGUUUAACAUCUGCGUACAAAACGCAUGAAGAUUCUCUUAUUAAGCAACUUCUCAGCAAAGAAGGUUUGUCGCAAACGUGGUCGAAUACGAUUUUGUCUAUCGCGCACCAGAUAAUCGAUCAUGUUAGGCCGGAUCUGAAUCAUGACGCAGAUAAUUUAGAUAUUCGACAAUAUGUACAGUUCAAGAAAUGCCUCGGUGAUAGCAGAGAUGACUGCGAGAUCGUAUCUGGCAUAAUUUGUAGUAAGAAUAUUGCUCAUCGCGGUAUGAACGCUAUGAUCGCUCAUCCAAAAAUCUUAUUGUUACAAUGCGGACUAAUGUAUCAACGUGUAGAAGGCAAACUAAUAAGCUUGGAGCCUGUAAUGAUGCAGGAAAACGAGUAUCUCGGACACACAGUAGCGAGAAUCACCGCUCUAGGUCCAGAUGUAGUAUUAGUUCAUCGAUCCGUAGCCAGAUUAGCUCAGGAUAGAUUAAGGGAAUGCGGCGUGACAUUAGUGCUAAAUGUAAAGCUUAGUGUGCUAAAGAGAGUCGCGCGAUGCACGGGUGCUAGUAUUGUAAACACUAUAGACGCGCACAUAAGCGCAAGAUAUAUGCUUGGCACGUGCAAAAAAUUUUAUUUAAGAAAUUUUCCAGAUGAGCGAAGAGGUGUUAAGACACUGAUGUAUUUCGAAGGUUGUGCAAAUCCACAUUUGGGUGCGACAAUUGUAUUGCGAGGCGGAUCACAGCUCGAAUUAAAAAAGGUGAAAAACGUCACAUCGAUGAUGAUCUUUGCAGCUUACUCGUGGCGUCUUGAAAAAUCAUUUCUCAUGGAUGAAUUCGCCAAACCACCAUCACCUAAAGACAAUUCGUUUCUGGAUGAAACUUGUCAGAAGGAUUCCUCGAGUGACGAAAAAUUCGAAAGUUGCGUUAUCGAUGAACAGACGCACGUGAUUGAAAUGAAAAAACUGUCGAAGAUAAAUCAAAAUCACGAAAAUGUUUCUAAUAGUGAUCAAAAAAUACAGAAUAUCCAGACAAAUAAUUCAAAUACGCCUAAGAAUGAAAAUGAUUCCGAAAAUAUUUUAAGUACAAAUUCUUUAAGAGAAGUUUCAUCGAUAUUAUCGGAAGAUUCUGAUCCUUAUGACACCUUAAAAUUAUUUAAAAAGAAAUUAAAACCAUCUCUGCACGAUUCAAAGGAUACCAUGCCAGUGUCUUGCGAGAACAGUACGGUUUCACAUAAUGAUGAUAAAUCCAAAAAUUUGUUGGUAAAUACGGGUUUUGAUUCCGACAUCACAGAAGUAUAUAAUAAUUCCACGGAAUUGUUCGCGAGCAAGGAAACAUCUACUGAACAAAAAACCGACGAUCUCGUCGACAAGGCGAAGUUGAAAGACAAGAUAUCCUCGGAAGAAAAACGUAUCUACGGGGAGUCCAUAAGUGAUCGAAGCGAUCCAUUGCAUCAAUAUUUAAAUGAAGAUGAUGAAGAUGUAUUUAAUCAUACGAGUCCGAGCAGUCAACGUUUAAGCGUCGCCGAUUUUCCACUUUUCAACAAAUUCAAGAAAGCGCUCCAAGACACUGUUUUGAGCAUAUCACCGUAUUUAAAAUUUUCAAUACCCUAUUUGGAGACCGAACUCGGAAGGAAUUGCGUAUUGAGGAGCUUUUUUCCGCGAGAGAUCUAUUAUUCGGAACAAUUUUUAGACAAAGUCAAGGAGAUCAGGACGAACAGCGUGACUGUAGGCGAGCAGAUCGACAAUCGUGAGGGUGUAAACAUCAAGCUGAAAUCGCAGCAUCCGUUCGUUCAGGCUCGUCUUACCACAGAUGUUGAUAAUCGCGAAGUGCAAAGUCUUCUAGCAAACUUUCGUGCGUGCGGUAACAGACUUUAUCCGACGCAUAACGUACUGCUGGAUAGGAUACAGCAAUCGCCAGCGUUCGAAAGCAAUGAGCAGCAGGUGCCUUCCUGGCCGGAUUGUUUGGAUCCUAACAGCCACCAACGCUUGUCCGUGCUGUUUUGCAGUUUCUCGCACACUGGCAACAACACCCCAGCGUUCUGCGUGAAUCCCUGGGUCGUAAACAUGACUAUGUACGGUCAGAACGACAUCGCGCUCGGCCGCUUCCUAGAGCGUUAUUGUCUGACGACAGAAUAUAAAUGUCCGGCACAGAAUUGUCGCGCACAAAUUGCUCAGCAUGUUAGGCGCUUUGCGCACGACGGUGGCUGCGUGCACAUCACCCUCAGCGAAAUGAGCUGCGAGCCAUUCGUGCAGGAAGACACUGAUCAAAUCUUGAUGUGGAGCAAGUGCAUUAAGUGUAAGAGCGUGUCACCGGUGAUACCGAUGUCGGGCGAUACUUGGUGCUUGUCGUUUGCCAAAUAUCUUGAGCUACGCUUCUACGGUGGUGUCUACACGAAACGCGGUAUGGAUGCGUGUCAGCAUUCCUUACAUCACGAUCAUUACCAGUAUUUCACACGCAGGAAUAUGCUGGCCGUUUUCAAAUUUACCAAGAUUUCGCAGUGGGAGAUCUCGCUGCCACCACCGUUGAUUAACAUCAUCUAUGAUCCGAAGCAGCACGCCAAUGUGAUUGAAGAGAUGAAGAUCGUGACGUUGAAAGGCGAUGAAGUUUUCUCAGCGAUACGAGAAAAGCUGACGAGUCUGCAGACGGACCUAGAAGGCUUGAAUCUCGCCAAACAACAACUAGCUAAAGAUCAGCAAUACUUUAAGAACAAGAUUGAAGAGAUCCAAUUGAAGUUAACAUCACCAACACUAGAGAAUAAGAAGCUAGAAGGUAAAACUUCCGAGAAACAGGUGCAAGGGUUAAUGUUCAGGAUCGAGGAUGGCAUUGUAAUACUUAAACGGCUCAUUGCGGAGGCUGUGUUCACGUGGAAUAGCAAAUUAUCAGAGAUAUCAGUCAAAAAGAAGGACGAACGGCCACGUCGAUUCACCGAACGAUCCAUGACAGUCGGCAGUAAUAGUAUAGUCGAAACCGACGGGUAUAUAACUGAAGACACCGCAUCGGAGUCGCAGGUUGAAGACUUGAGCCCUAUGUCGGCCGAUUACAAUGCUGUCGACGCAAUCGCAGCACAAAGUGACUUCCAAACAUCCGAAGUGAUCGAGAAUUCUGAUAAUGAGCCAGCAGAAUCCGCUAAUAAUCUCGAAGACGUCGUCACUGUUCAGGGCUCACCGAAAAUGCAUCAGAGAUCACAUUCCGACGUUCUACCACUGUCUUCUGAUGACAUGCACGAUAAAAAGAAGAAGAAGAAGACGAUUCUGUCACAAUUGCUGCCAUCUGUUUCUGUGAACCAUAUAAUUUCGAAUCCUUUGGGAUCUUUAGAGCAUUAUCUGUUGCCUCUUGGGUCCGUGGUACCUAUAGUAGUCUAUGAAUCCGAGCUUUCGUCUAUAAUUGCGUAUGCUUUGGACUCACAUGACUACAAGCACACGUUGCAGGAGCUCUUACGUUCAACGAAGGGAUCAGAAUCGAAUCCUAGUCCGUUGAGCAAACGCAAGUUUCCCGAAGGUAAGGACAGCUCCCUCGACUUGGCGCAAUCAAACGAAUUCAAGCGGCCGUCUGUGCUGUCCUUCUUUCGAGGCAACAGUCCCAAUUCAGCCAAUAGUCCCAUUGAAUCUGACAAGAAUAUGUCAAACGCAGAAACGAGUGGUGGUAGCGUAGUCGGUCCUGACGUUGACGACGACAAGAAAGCGACCAAGCAGCAGAAUUACAUCGAAGUACAAUUUAACGAUGCUACAACCAAUUUCUUCUGCAGGAUAUACUUUGCCGCACAGUUUGCUGCGCUGAGAGAGAACGUUUUGCCCUGUGGCGAGGAUGGCUUCACAAGGAGUCUAAGUCGAACUGUGCAGUGGGCAGCCAGAGGCGGAAAGAGCGGCAGUGCUUUCUGUAAGAGCAGAGAUGAUAGAUUCAUCAUAAAGGAAAUGUCUAGACUCGAUAUGCAAAUUUUCCUCGAUUUCGCACCCAAUUAUUUCGCCUACAUGGAAAGGUGUCAGCAAACCAAGCAACCGACGUUACUAGGCAAGAUAGUUGGUGUAUACAGAGUGUCAUUUAAGAACAACACAACCAACGCGGCGCUUCGUACUAGUGUGUUAGUAAUGGAGAAUCUUUUUUAUAAUCGAAUCAUUACUGACAAAUUCGAUUUGAAAGGAUCUGUGCGGAAUCGGCUAGCGAAUCCUGAUGAUACAUGCCACGAGGGUGAACUGGUUUUGUUGGACGAGAAUUUGUUGAACAUGAGCUGUGACUCUCCUCUGUAUAUUCGAUCGCAUUCCAAAGCAGUAUUAAAUCGAGCCAUCGAGCAGGACACAAAAUUCUUAGCUGAUAAUUCCGUAAUGGAUUAUUCGUUAUUAGUAGGCUUGGAACCGAGCUCCGAUGAACUCGUGCUCGGUAUAAUAGAUUACAUAAGAACAUUCACGUGGGACAAAAAACUGGAGACGAUGGUGAAAAAAUCCGGUAUAUUAGGUGGACAAGGUAAAUUGCCGACCAUAAUAUCGCCGCAGGAAUAUCGUGACAGAUUUAUAGCUGCGAUGCAUCGCUACUUCCUGCCAGUACCAGAUAGAUGGUCAGGUCUAGGUAGAAGUGUUGAGAUACCACCACAAUAA